AUGACGGCUGCCGGUGGCAGCGAACCUCGAGCUGGUGAAGAACCCGAAGAUCCUUGGGCCGAAGCUGCGCAGCGCCGAGGCCAUGAUGACGAUGACCCUCCUGUGGAGGGAAGCAACCGGUCCCUGCGGGGACGCCGCACUUGGAGGAGAAGUGACCCUGGGGAGACUCCUGUCGGAGCGAAGGCGGGUCACGACGCAGAGGGCGACGGGUGUCACGCAGAUGACGAUGAGCCACCUCGCGACGAUGCAGAUCAACCUACUGGAUGGUGGGGCGACUACUACAGUGGCGGCUGGGGCCGUCAUGACGCGCGGGGACGUGGAGAUGUUCGGUCCACGUGGGACAACGGCUGGCGGUGGAGCAGAUGGAACGAUGGAUCGUGGACGAGGCCUUCUACCGUGGUGGAGGACCCGUAUGAAGAUCAGGACCAGACAGAUGAUCCGCAGGCCACUCGCUGGAACGAUGGCGGGUGGUGGAACAGGUGGAAUGAUGGAUCGUGGACCACUACGCCUUCUACGACGACGGCGGCCUCGACAGGCGAUCCUGAUCAAGGCCACGAUCUGGCGACUACAUGGCGCGCUCCGGGAUGGGCACGACUGACCUCUUCAGCUACUACACGAAGGAACUCGGGCGCGACCGGCGGCGAGAACGAUCAUUGGGCACAUGGCAUCGAACCUGAUCGUUCGGGACCACUGGACGCUGGUGGCCCAGGCGACCGGAGGAGCGGGAUCAGCGAGAAAAUGAGUGUCCCGGUUUUCGCUGCAGAGGACGUUGGUGAGAAGCUUGGAAGCAGUGCGAGAUCGUAUCUUCGUCAGAUAGAUGCUUGGUCCAAGCUGACGCGGACCCCCCGAGACCGUCAAGCUCUACUCCUCUACCAAUCUCUCCAGGGUCGCGCCUGGAUAGAAGCAGAGGAGCUCCAAGUAACUGAUCUGGCGAACGAGGACGGCAUCGAGCACUUCAAAGCCUGGGUGGUCGAGCGCUACCAGGAGGUGGAGAUCGGGAAGAUCGGCGAGGCCCUGAACGGCUUUUUCAAGAGACUCCGGCGCGGACCCCAACAGUCAAUCCGCGAGUUCAAUGGUCUUUUUGACAGGUCAUAUGCUCGUUUGCUGGAGAUCGACUUCAAGCUUCCGGAGACCGCAAAGGCCUGGGCAUAUCUCAACGCCCUUGGUCUCACUCAGGCCGAAGAGCUGUCGAUCCUUGGGAGUGUUGCAAAUGAGUAUGUGACGAACAAGUUGCAGCGCGCAGCCGUACUACACGAGAAGAGUCUUAAGAAGGCCUGGGAUCGUGACCGGGUCAAACCAUGGGAGCGUGACCGAGGGGUGAAGACCAACUCUGUCCACAACGCCGACCGCGUCGACGAGGAGAACGACGACAAGGACUCCUAUGACGAGUCCCCGUUUGCUCAGGACGAUGAUGGGGGAUCCCACGUCUACGAGGCCUACAUGACGGCGAAGAUGCAGUACAAGGACACCCUCAAGGCGCGAGGACUGGACCAAGAUGCUCUCCGCAAGGCUACGGAGGACAAGAUAGCUCUGGCAAAGUCGAAGUCCUACUGCAGUGUAUGCAAGCAACGUGGACAUUGGCAUCGAGAUCCCCAGUGUCCUGCCAACGUUGCUAAUGCUGCCAAGGGGCGAGAUGGCUCCAAGGAUGCCGUGCAGACUGCCCACGCCAUCUUCGAGACGAGCCAGGCUGCCGGCGACCGCCUCUAUGGCAUUACCGACUGUGCGUGCACUAAGUCCGUGAUGGGCACAUCCUGGCUGCAGCGGCUCGUGGACUACAUGAAGCAGUACAACAUUGAGGUGCCUCUCCUUCCUGAGCAGGUUUUCUACGAGAAGAAGCUCCCCCCCGAAAUCAAGAACCUCCUUAGCAGCGAUGUUCUCUCAGUAGAUGGCUUCAUCCGACGGAAGUCCUUUUUCUCCUCAGACAACUGGAAAACUCAGCAAUCUCUUCUACGAGAUAAUCUUCAGAGGUGCGUCAUCUUGCAAAGCCAUGUCAUCAGUGUUUGUGGGUCGGCCGAACAGUGUUCAAUCGUAGAGCACUUUGCGAUCCCAGCUUUCUUCCUUCGACCGCGUCGGGUGAUGGCCCAGCGUCCCACAUGGCAGUUGUCGAGGAAGGAGCUGCUGUCCGAGGCGACGGCGAUGGGUCUGUCUCCCCUACCGGAGUGGACCAAUGUGGAGCUUCGGAGCGCUAUCACGGAGAUGAAGGAAGCAAAGAAGCUGGGACUUCCUUAUGCAGCGAAUGCCACGCGAGGGGUGCUGAUGCAGAACAUUCGCGACUACUACGCCACCCCCCCGGACACGGUGAUGACCAUCGGCAGGCACAAGGGGAACACCUACGCCCAGAUACCUCUGUCCUACGGCAAGUGGGCCGACGAGGACGAGAAGGUGAAUGGCGGGAACAUGCACCCGGAUCUACGACGCUACGUGAUGUGGUACCGCAGGAAGAUGAACGACGACUUCGAGGAGGAGCCCACCACGUUGGAGAAGAUGUCGAACCCCGAGAAGUACGCCGUGAUCAACCCGGAGGACUACGCAUCGAGCGCCGGGAGCAGCGACCUGUCUUGGGCCGAGGUGAAAUCCCUUGCGGACAAGAAAGGAAAGGGAUAUGCCAAGGAGGUGACGAAGGAACUGCAGUUGCCCAUGCCGAUGACGAGGACCGAUGCCAACGAGGGAACUACCCGGAUGGGACUGGAAAUCCUCCAGGAGAUCAAGGCGGAGAUGAUGGCUUUGGAGUUCGCUGACGAAGUUGACUACAAGUACUUUGACGCGCGAGGCGGUGAUACCAAAGGGCACAGCCACAUCGGGGAUUUCGCCAACAAGGGCAUCAACUACUACAACGACGAGAAGAUGAACCACAUCGAGAACCCAAAAGCGGGCAAGGACACCGAGGAUUACCUCAACAUGGAUGCCAAGGAAUGUCUCAGCAGAGUGAGACCAGACUACGUCGAGGGCACUGAUCCGCGCAACGCCACCGAGGAUCCGUCCGCUCAAUGUUCAGGUCACCUCCAGAGCACCGUGAUGGGCAAGAACAACUACAUCGAGGAUUAUACUAACAAAGGGGCCAAGGACUACAACAACGUGGAGAUGGACUACGUCGAGAACCCCAACCUGGGCAAGGACGCCAAGGAUUACCCCAACGCAGAUGUCAAGGAAUGUCUUAGCAGAGAGGGACCAAGCCACAUUGAGAGCACUGAUCCAGACCAGGUCACUGAGAACCAUACCGAAGACCAGGCACUGGUGUCCACAGACGUUCAUGGCACAAGCGAGGACGACGAUCUGGACUCCGAAGCCGGGGACCCCGACCACGUCGUGAUCCUGGCUGACCCCAUCGAGGAGUUCAUCCGCGACCGUCUUUUGGCUGAAGACUUCUCACAGAGCACGCUUACAGCCAUUCUGGAGGCAGUCUUCGGACCAGAAGGUGAGCUUUUCCCAAGUGGUGGGGCCUCUUCACGAGCUGUGGCCUUUGGGAAGGAGGACGAUCCGUCCUGUCGUAUUUCUUUGGGCUACUACGUCCGCGGUGGCUUCCGGGGGAUCUGCAAUCGUACCGCCGACUACGCCUCACUCUCUAUCUACUUGAAGCACUACAUCCACCAACGAUGUCCGGAAGCGAGGUGGACCUCUCUCUGCGUGUCCCUCGACCAGAAGGCCUGCAUCCACACCGACCGGAACAAGCUCAAGGGGACCUACAACUACGUGACGUGCGGAGGAGAUUACUGUGGAGGCGGCGUUUGGUGUGAAGUGAUGAAACCUCAAGAGAGGGGUGGACAGGAACGACGUGAUCUCGAGGACGAGAAAGGGAGGAGCGUUUCUGGCGUCGUACUACCUACAAAUAAAGGGGAAGUGGCCACUUUCUAUGCUGACAGACGGCAUGCUACAGAGGACUGGAGCGGUGGACACCGAUGGAUGGUGGCGUGUUUCACGUCCCGGGCAAUCGUUGAAAGCACCAAGAGCGAGAAGAGACGACUUCGUCAAUGGGGUUUUCCUGUACCAGACCUACGACAUCUCACGCCGGACCGCAAGAUGUUGAGGACCUUUCACGACAACAAAGAUGCCGACCCACCGAAGUUCAUGCCGAGGUACAGCGCCCGGAAGGGCAUGUGGAAGACGGCUAUCCGGGCGAGUGCUUUCUUUACUUGGUCAUUGGCCUCCAUCUCGGCAGCUCGCGCCCAGCUGUACAACGACUGUCCUAAGGGACCAGCCCUCUUCGAGAUCGGGGGCUGCAGACAAACCGUCGAGAUCUCCGAGGUCGAAGGGAUCGAUUUCGUGGAGCCCCUGGUUUGGAAUGAUCUACAUCGUGAAAAUGGUGUCCAGCGAGUCCACGAUACAAUCGGCGAGCUACGGCCUGGAGUUCUUUGGCUACACCCGCCCGCGAACGUUAUCGACUACAACCCCAGGGAAGAAAACGUGCAGGAGCAUCCCCGACGGGUUUUCCAUGAGAUCCUCGAGGAGUGUGGAAGGGCCCAUGUCCAACAUCAAGGAACUUUAGUUGUCGAAGUGUCCACCGAGCCCGAGGAUCGGAAGGAGUUUGUCUAUCAACGACUUCGCGGGUUUGGGGAAGUGACAGAGCAUUUCUUUGGCGACACCCAUUUCUACAAGGUCAGGAACGCGAACUAUCACGAGGCCUUCGUCUCUGCGAAUGGAGAUGGACCAGAACCGGCCGACGACCUACUUGUCGGAGAACCACCCGAGCGACCUAUGCGAGAGGGGGCUAGCGGAAUUACUUUCGGGAAAGAUGUGAAAGCAGAUGUGGCUACUACUUUGCGGCGGCUGCAUCAGAACCUCGGUCACCCGCCCAACACCGACCUCACCAGACACCUGAGACUCGCAGGCGCUUCUGAGGAGAUCCUCAAGGCCUCCCGGUCUUUGUCAUGUGAAACUUGCAAGCGAUGCUCCGGACCACGGAGCCCAAAGCCCGCGUCCGAGCCCAAACUCCUCGAGUUUAACGACGUCGUCGCUGUGGAUAUGUUCUUUGCCUUCGACAUCGAGGGCAAGAAGCAGAAGCUGUUGUCGAUCAUCGACUGUGCCUCCAGCUAUCACGUCGUUACCAAGGUGCCUAACCAGACUGGCGACACCCUCGAGAAGGUUUUCCUUAAACACUGGAUACAGGUCUUCGGAGCUCCCAAAGUUAUAUCCCUCGACCUUGAGACCGGCAUCCAGGACGCUUUCUCCAGGCUGAGCGACUGGUUCCGCAUUGAUCUCCAGACCAGCGCCGGGCAAGCUCACUGGCAGGCCGGGUUUGCCGAACGACACGGCAAAUGGUGGAAAGAGAUUUUCAAGAAGGUUGUCGAGGAGAAGUCGGUGACGAACGAUGAGGUGGAGAUCGCUGUUGCCGCGACCUCUUCUGCGAAGAACACCUUGCGGAGGAGGUGCGGCUGGGCCCCGUGUCAGAUAGUCUUUCGGAAAACUCCCCGGGACGACGAGGAUAUCAUCGAACAAGAGAUUGACGACGGGGCAUGGAUCGCCAGGGCCAGGACUCCUGACGAUGCGCAGCACCGGCGGGACGCUAUACGCGCCGCCUCCAAGGCGGCAUUCCUCAAGGUCCGUGCGGAGGAGAAGGUCCGGCGAGGAAGUCUUCAACGAGCCCGGGUGCGCGGACGUGAUCUAGCCAAUGGAGAAAUGGCUUUGUACUGGCGCAAGGACAAGAACAACAAAAAGGGGGCAUGGCGAGGACCUGGAGUGGUAGUUGGCAGACAGCAGGACAACUACUGGAUUGCUCGCGGAGGUCGCUGCCAGCUUUGUGCCCCAGAGCAUGUCCGCCCCGCUUCACCUGAGGAACUUGGUGGACUUUUUGCAAUGCGAGCCACGCAGGCCGACCUCCAGAAGUUGAUCGAGAACGACCACGACGACGAGGACACCUACGUGCGGGAGGACGAGGACGCCGACGAGCUGAUCGACAUCCCAUGGGACGAGAUGUCCCUCGAUGGAGGAGAGGACCCUGGCGAGUCCCUCGAGUUCCCGAACGAGGACAUCGACCACGACGAGGCCGGUGGACAGCGGCGACGCCUUGAAGGAGACGAAGGACGAGACCAACCCGCCGUGAAGCGUCGAGUGCGCUCCAAGAUGCCUCAAGAGGCCCACAUGCUCAAGCGGGCAACCACCAGGCGUGGACGAGAAAAACAGCUGGAGAAGGAGCUCCCCUGGGGAGCCAUCCCGGUGGAUAAGCGCCCUCUUUUCCAAGAAGCCGAGGCCAAGCAUGGGAAGAACACUUACGGCUGGGUGCUCGUCUUACCCCGCUCGAUGUUGAGACAAGCCUCAAGAUCGUCGCGACCGAGGGCUCCAGGGUGUUAUCCAGUCGCUUUGCCUACCGCGACAAAAACCUUGCAAAGCGGCGUACAGAUCCCCAGGUGCCAUGGAAACCGAAAUCGAGAUUGGUGA